AGAGAAGCAGCAAGCAGCACCAUGGCUGGCAAGAAAGUCUGCAUUGUCGGCUCUGGCAACUGGGGCUCAGCCAUUGCCAAGAUCGUGGGUAGCAAUGCAGGCCGGCUGGCACACUUUGACCCACGGGUGACCAUGUGGGUGUUUGAGGAAGACAUCGGGGGCAGAAAGCUAACUGAGAUCAUCAACACUCAGCACGAGAAUGUUAAAUACCUGCCAGGGCACAAGCUGCCCCCCAAUGUGGUGGCCAUCCCAGACGUGGUCCAGGCUGCAACAGGCGCUGACAUCCUGGUUUUUGUGGUACCCCAUCAGUUCAUUGGCAAGAUCUGUGACCAGCUCAAGGGCCACUUGAAGGCCAAUACUAUUGGCAUAUCUCUUAUUAAGGGGGUAGACGAGGGCCCCAACGGGCUGAAGCUCAUUUCUGAAGUGAUUGGGGAGCGCCUUGGCAUUCCCAUGAGCGUGCUGAUGGGGGCCAACAUUGCCAGCGAGGUGGCUGAGGAGAAGUUCUGUGAGACGACCAUCGGCUGCAAGGACCCGGCCCAGGGACAGCUCCUGAAGGACCUGAUGCAGACACCCAACUUUCGCAUCACUGUGGUACAAGAGGUGGACACAGUGGAGAUCUGUGGGGCCUUGAAGAAUAUAGUGGCCGUUGGGGCUGGCUUCUGUGAUGGGCUUGGCUUCGGUGACAACACCAAGGCGGCGGUGAUCCGGUUGGGGCUCAUGGAGAUGAUCGCCUUCGCCAAGCUCUUCUGCAGUGGCACUGUGUCCUCGGCCACCUUCCUGGAGAGCUGCGGGGUCGCAGACCUCAUCACGACCUGCUAUGGGGGGCGGAACCGCAAGGUGGCAGAGGCCUUUGCUCGAACUGGAAAGUCCAUUGAGCAGCUGGAGAAGGAGAUGCUAAAUGGGCAGAAGCUACAGGGGCCCCAGACAGCCCGGGAGCUGCACAGCAUUCUCCAACACAAGGGCCUUGUGGACAAGUUCCCCUUGUUCACUGCGGUGUACAAAGUGUGCUAUGAGGGCCAGCCAGUGGGCGAAUUCAUCCGCUGUCUGCAGAACCACCCGGAACACAUGUGAAUGGGGCCAGGGCCCAGGACAGGCAGCCCCUUUGCCCCAACGGAGACAAGCGGAAGGAAGCACGUGACACCCGUCAUCAGGACUGUCUCCAGGACUCCCCAUCUAGCAGAGUCCUCUCUGAAGGACCCUGAGGACAGGAGGCUGCGGGGCUCAGCUACACACCUAGAGAUGCUCGCCACAGAAUCCACACUUCCUUGCUGUCCUCUGGGAAGUGUAGAACUAAGCCCCAGUGGUGCCUGCUCCAGGGGUGGGGUUGGGGGAAGGGAAGGCGCCAAGUCAAGGGCUGCCGGUUGCUGCCUCACACACACUGGGAACCGGUCCCAAGUCCCAUUAAGUGACUGAAGAAGCACUUCAGCCACAGGAAAGAUGGGGCAAAGGCUGCCAAGGGAAGGGUCUGGAUGCCUGAGCUGACACAGACCCCAGAGACCCUUUGGCCGACCUCUGCCAGGCCCCACACAACAUCAACGAUCUCACUGUUUGCUAACAAAAUACAAAGCUCUCAAACAACCCCACUCUAACUUCUCCUAGCAACACUUGCUUCCUCAGAAGCCUCUACUUCCCCCUCCCCCAGGCUACUCUGGCACAAGAGUUGCUCUCCACAGGCAUCUCUGGCCCUGGGGCGCUCCAUUCUUCCCAGAGACUUCCUGGUUCCUGGAGCUUUGUCAGGGCCUCCCCACCCUGUGUGACCUUUCCCAGCUUUCCCUUGCCUGCACCCAGCUGCCAGCACCCUCUUUGGGGAGCAGGAAUCUAAUCUGCUGACAGAGCUACACUCUUUUCACAGCAGGCUCAGAUGGCUCAGGCUCCCCUGACCUUCCUAUUUGUCCACCUCCCCAGUCAGGAGCUCCGGCCCCGGCCAGCCCCUCCUACUGCUGACCUUUCUUCUCAGGGUCCUCCCCACAAGGCCGCUUCUCUCUGCAGUCACCACCAACUUCACGUCUAACAGAAUGUAGGAUUUAUAGUUUAUCGUCCUCAGGGCUGUCAGCCCAUAUUCUUGACUCUGCCCUUUCCUUUUGCCCAAGUCGUUCUCACCCAGCCUGGAAGGCCACCCGGCAUCUGUAGGCUUAGAACUAAGGAGCAGCUCAAAGGUUCAGUAGGUUUCCACAAGGGUUGGUGGGUCCUAGUCCAAGGCCAGCUGUCCUCGGAACAGAACAAGGUCCUCGCGAGAUCGGACCCACACACCUCAGGAGCUGGGGAACUCGAGGGAAGGACAAUUGAAAACUGCCUGCCCUGGGGUGAGGGAGAUCAGAGGGGGAUGGGAGACUGCUUUGCACUGGCCCUGUUCCAAAGUUGGGUGGCAGCAAGAGAAUGUCACAGAUCAGCAGCCUGGAGCGCUAGCUAUAAAUAGCUGGAGGUUUCUCUCUCCACCAGGGGUCUCCAUUUCCUGUGUGGCAGCAACUGGGACACCGUGGCUCUGGCCAGCUUGAUAUUAAACUAACACAUUAAGGUGCCAGGUCCCUCUCUGCUCCUAGCCUUUAAGAAUUCCGUCUUAGUGAAGGUCAGAGCUGUCGGGUAAGGGGAAGAGGGGGGGCCCUGUCAUCGAUCCCGACUGGGCUGGAACCCUCCCACGCAUGACUCAAUUCAGAGCUGUUCCCCGGGAGACUGGGGCGGGAUGCAGACAGAUUCCAACACCUUAACCUAUGUUUGCUCAGUCAGUCAACUGUGAAUCUGAGGUCUUCUGUCAGGCCACUUGUCUACCCAAUAAAGUGUGGUUUUUCCAGAAACUGGAA